AUGCUCAACAAGUCGACAAUUCUAUUCUGCGUUCUGGUUUUGGCAUUAAAUGUAUUCGCUUCUGCUGCAUACGAGAGCGAUGGAGAGAUCAUGCGCCCACCAUUCCGAACUUUGAAACGUGGCAGUUUGUCAAACAUGAUGAGAAUCGGAAAGCGACAAAUGUCUCAUCAACAGGAAUACGUUCAGUUUCCAAGUGAGGGACAGGUCCCAUGUGAAAGCUGCAAUUUGGGAACUCUAAUGAGAAUCGGACGGAGAUAA